CCUGAUGUGGGACAGGCUGGCGUCAUGGCGACGGGGUAAACAGACGAUAACAAGCGCCUCGGAGCGCGCCUCGGACCAGAGGACAGACGGAGACAGACGCAGGAGGACGUGAGACAUCAAGGAGCUCAGGAGUCGUCUCAUCAUGGCGGUCAGUUCGGACACGGAGCCGCUCUUCGUGGCCUUCAAGAGGUUCUCCGUCUACGGAGACACGAAGGCGAGCGGCAGGGAGCUGACCGGGAAGGCCUGGGCCAAGCUGUGCAAGGACUGCCGGGUCAUCGACGGGAAGAGCGUCACCGGCACCGACGUGGACAUCGUCUUCUCCAAAGUGAAACAGAGGUCGGCUCGGGUCAUCACCUACAAGGAGUUCCAGCAGGCGCUGGAAGAACUGGCUCCCAAGAGGUUCAAAGGUCAAAGUAAAGAGGCGGCGCUGCAGUCCAUUCACAAGCUGGUGGAGGGCCAAGAGCCGACUAACGUCGGCGUGACGAAAGUGGCGAAGACGGCAACGGUGGACCGUCUGACGGACACGUCCCGCUACACCGGCUCCCACAAGGAGCGCUUCGACGACAGCGGCCGGGGCAAAGGCCGCGAAGGCCGCGAAGACCUGGUGGAGCACACGGGCUACGUGAACGCGUACAAGGACGCCGGAACGUACGACAGCAAGGUGAAGGACGCCGACAAGUGAGGAGACGCCCCCUGCUGGAAACUCAGAGGAAGUCCUCUGGGACUGGACCAAACCCUGCAUGGAGGGAGCUGAACAGACCUCCGGUCCACCUGCUGGUGGAACCAGGAAUUAAUAAACAACAUUUAGAGCUUCUAGGUUGUUUCACAAUGUCUCCUUCCUGUAAUAAACUUCACAUCCGAUGGA